AUGGCUUAUCCCGAAAAGUUCAGCGGCUUUCAGGCCCCCAGUGCCGACAAGUGGCUCGAGUUUGAACAGAACUCUUGGAAACCCCGCCCGUUUGGUGAUCACGACGUCGACAUCAAGAUCGAAUGCUGCGGUGUCUGCGCCAGUGACAUGCAUACCAUUUCCGGUGACUGGGGUGGCUGUCCCUAUCCGUUGGCCGUCGGGCACGAAGUUGUCGGCAAAGUCCUCCAGGUAGGACCCAAAGUUACCCUCGCCAAGGUCGGGCAGCGUGUUGGAGUUGGCGCUCAAGUAUACUCUUGCCUGGACUGUCGCCAGUGCAACAACGACAACGAAACAUAUUGCAAGCACCAGAUCGACGCCUAUGGUGCGCCAUAUCUCGACACAGGCUACACAACGCAGGGUGGAUACUCGUCUCACACACGCAUCCACGAAUACUGGGUCUUUCCCAUACCCGACAGCAUCGCCAGCACUGAUGCUGCGCCUAUGCUUUGCGCGGGCAUCACGGUUUAUAGCCCUCUGAAGAGGUUUGGCGCCGGACCCGGUAAGAAGGUGGGUGUCGUGGGUAUCGGCGGUUUGGGACACUACGCCAUCAUGUUCGCCAAGGCACUUGGCGCCGAGGUUUGGGCCAUCUCUCGCUCCCGCGCCAAGGAAGCAGACGCCAAGAAAAUGGGCGCCGACGGGUUCCUGGCCACCAACGAGACGGGCUGGAACGAGCCUCACAAGAUGACGUUUGACCUCAUCAUCAACACUGCCAACUCCUUCGACGGCUUCCAGCUCGGCGAGUACCUGAGCCUUUUGGACGUCCACGGCAGAUGGAAUUCGGUCGGUCUCCCUGGCGGGGAGGGCAUCAAGGUGAACAACUUUGACUUCAUCUCCAAUGGUUGCAGCAUCGGAAGCUCGCACUUGGGCAGCCGCCGUGAGAUGCUCGAGAUGCUUCAGCUUGUCGGGGACAAGGGUAUCAAGUCGUGGGUUGAAGAGAUUCCAAUCUCCCGCAAGGGAUUGCAACAGGCCAUGGAGAAGCUGCAGAAGAGCAGUGUGCGCUACCGGUCGUGCAUGGUUGGCUUUGACGAUGCAUUUGGCGCGUGA